UAUAGUGAGUGCAGGGUCCGGGGAGAGCAGAUAUAGUGAAUGCAGGGUCUGGGGAGAGCAGAUAUAGUGAAUGCAGGGUCUGGGGAGACCAGAUAUAGUGAAUGCAGAGUCCAGGGAGACCAGAUAUAGUGAAUGCAGGGGUCCGGGGAGAGCAGAUAUAGUGAAUGCAGGGUCUGGGGAGAGCAGAUAUAGUGAAUGCAGGGUCUGGGGAGAGCAGAUAUAGUGAAUGCAGGGUCUGGGGAGACCAAACAUAGUGAAUGCAGGGUCUGGGGAGACCAGAUAUAGUGAGUGCAGGGUCUGG